AAAUAUAAGGUCUCGGAUCUUGCAUGAACAAGAGGGACGAGCCUACCCAUACAAAAGGAAGUAAAGAAUAUCACGAAACGUCACCAUCCAACCAGCGUUCUUCGCUAACGCACUCGCACAGGUGGCGCCUCCACGAAGCCCUCAUCAUGUUCCCCCUCGUCGUCGCAACACCCAGCGCAGCCGUCCCCACACGCGCACUGCCCCUCCGGACACCCACACCCACCUGCGCAACCGCAACGCAGGGGAGGCAGCGUGACCAGCCCAAACGCCGCGCUGCGCCUCUCGCGCUCUUCUACGGCGCCCCAGAACAGUGCCGGCGGGUACACCGUCACGUUGGUCGCGUCGAGCCGAGCAGGGCGUGCGCUCGGCGGAGGAGGGAGCGCGGCUGCGCGAGCAAAAAACGCAUCCAGGAAGCUCAUGUGGGCUCCGGCAUCCGCGGAAUCGUCACCCGGGGUGCGGUUUCUGGACGCAAGCGGCCCCGGAAGUUCCGCACCGGCUCCGUGGUCGACGCAAGUCCCGCAGCCGUCCGCGCAAUCUGCGAAAUCGCGAGACGCAUGAUGGGACCCCCGGUGUUGCACGCAGCCAGGGCAGGUACACUCCACGCCACAGGUGCAGCCUGUGCCUGCGAGGGAUGUAAUCGCGCUCAGCGGGGGGAUCGCGGGGAAGUUGGGCACGGGUCCUGAGUCCGUGUAACGAAGAGGGGGAAGCGUAAUCUCGCAAGCGCGGAAUGGCGUGUGUGAGUGUGACGGCUGAGACUGGGAACCGAGCUUGCUUCGCUUGGAAUGUGUGGACUGUAG